CCCAAUGCACCACUUAAGAUCACAAACUCCAUCUCUCUUUCUGAUUCAUUUUUCAUUCGUUGUGAUCUUCCUCUUCCUCGUACACAGGAGAGGGGCUGAAAGGUAGCAAUGGCGAACAGGAACAUGGAAAAGAUGGCAUCUAUUGAUGCACAGCUUAGGCAAUUGGCUCCUGCCAAAGUGAGUGAGGAUGACAAAUUGAUUGAGUAUGAUGCUCUUCUUCUUGAUCGGUUCCUUGAUAUUCUUCAGGAUUUACAUGGGGAGGAUCUGAAGGAAACAGUUCAAGAAGUGUAUGAGCUUUCAGCUGAGUAUGAAGGAAAGCAUGACCCUAAGAAACUGGAAGAGCUUGGAAAAGUGAUAACCAGUUUGAAUGCUGGGGACUCUAUUGUUGUUGCCAAGUCCUUUAGCCACAUGCUUAACUUGGCCAACUUGGCUGAAGAGGUCCAGAUUGCUCGGCGGCGAAGGAACAAGUUGAAGAAAGGGGAUUUUGCCGAUGAGAACAGUGCAACUACAGAAUCAGACAUUGAAGAAACUCUCAAGAGACUUGUGUUUGACUUGAAGAAGUCUCCUCAGGAAGUUUUUGAUGCACUGAAAAACCAGACUGUUGAUCUGGUGCUUACUGCUCAUCCUACUCAAUCAAUUCGUAGAUCUUUGCUUCAAAAGCAUGCAAGGAUAAGGAAUUGUUUAUCUCAUUUGUAUGCCAAAGACAUUACUCCUGAUGAUAAGCAGGAGCUUGAUGAGUCUCUACAAAGGGAGAUUCAAGCUGCCUUCCGUACAGAUGAAAUCAGGAGGACCCCUCCAACACCACAAGAUGAGAUGAGAGCAGGGAUGAGCUACUUCCAUGAAACAAUUUGGAAGGGUGUUCCCAAAUUUCUGCGCCGUGUUGAUACAGCUUUGAAGAACAUAGGAAUUAAUGAGCGUGUUCCUUAUAAUGCUCCACUUAUUCAAUUUUCUUCUUGGAUGGGGGGUGAUCGCGAUGGUAAUCCAAGAGUUACUCCUGAAGUGACAAGGGAUGUUUGCUUAUUGGCUAGAAUGAUGGCUGCUAAUUUGUAUUAUUCCCAGAUAGAAGAUCUUAUGUUUGAACUUUCUAUGUGGCGUUGCAAUGAUGAACUACGUGUUCGUGCAGAAGAACUUCAUAGGUCUUCCAAGAAAGAUGAAGUUGCAAAACACUACAUAGAAUUUUGGAAAAAGAUUCCCUCAAAUGAACCAUAUCGUGUGGUGCUGGGUGAAGUAAGGGAUAGGCUCUAUCAGACUCGUGAGCGUUCUCGCCAUUUGCUAGCUAAUGGGUACUCUGACAUUCCAGAGGAAGCCGCUUUCACCUAUGUUGAGGAGUUCCUGGAGCCUCUUGAGCUAUGCUACAGAUCACUGUGUGCUUGUGGUGAUAGAGCAAUUGCUGAUGGAAGCCUUCUUGAUUUCAUGAGACAAGUCUCCACUUUUGGACUGUCAAUAGUGAGGCUUGAUAUCAGGCAAGAGUCUGAUCGUCACACUGAUGUGAUGGAUGCCAUAACCAAGCACUUGGAAAUUGGCUCCUACCAGGAAUGGUCUGAAGAGAAAAGACAGGAAUGGUUGUUAUCUGAGUUAAGUGGAAAAAGGCCUCUAUUUGGACCUGACCUUCCCCAAACUGAAGAAAUCAGAGAUGUUUUGGACACAUUUCAUGUCAUAGCAGAACUACCAUCAGACAGCUUUGGAGCCUACAUCAUAUCAAUGGCAACUACACCAUCUGAUGUGCUAGCAGUUGAACUUCUCCAACGUGAAUGCCACAUCAAGAAUCCAUUAAGAGUUGUGCCAUUGUUUGAAAAGCUCAAUGAUCUAGAGGCGGCACCGGCAGCUUUGGCGCGGUUGUUCUCGAUAGACUGGUACAGAAAUAGGAUCAAUGGGAAGCAAGAAGUGAUGAUUGGUUACUCAGACUCAGGAAAAGAUGCUGGAAGAUUCUCUGCAGCAUGGCAGCUGUAUAAGGCUCAAGAGGAACUUAUAAAGGUUGCCAAGAAAUUUGGUGUUAAGUUAACCAUGUUCCAUGGUCGUGGUGGAACUGUUGGAAGAGGAGGUGGACCUACUCAUCUUGCUAUUCUGUCUCAGCCUCCAGACACAAUCCAUGGAUCGCUUCGUGUCACGGUCCAAGGAGAAGUUAUUGAGCAAUCAUUUGGAGAACACCACUUGUGCUUUAGAACACUGCAACGUUUCACUGCUGCCACUCUAGAGCAUGGCAUGCAUCCACCAAUUUCUCCUAAACCAGAAUGGCGUGCCUUGAUGGAUCAGAUGGCUAUCAUUGCUACUGAGGAAUACCGUUCGAUUGUGUUCAAGGAACCGCGCUUUGUUGAAUAUUUCCGGCUGGCUACACCAGAGUUGGAGUAUGGAAGGAUGAAUAUUGGAAGUCGACCAGCAAAGAGAAGGCCUAGUGGAGGCAUUGAAACACUGCGCGCAAUUCCUUGGAUCUUUGCAUGGACGCAGACAAGGUUUCAUCUUCCUGUGUGGCUAGGCUUUGGAGCAGCAUUUAAAAAGAUUAUUGAGAAAGAUGUUAGAAAUCUUAAUGUGCUGCAAGAGAUGUACAAUCAAUGGCCUUUCUUUAGGGUCACACUUGAUUUAGUGGAAAUGGUGUUUGCCAAAGGAGACCCAGGAAUCGCUUCUCUGAAUGAUAAGCUCCUUGUUUCAAAGGAUCUAUGGCCAUUUGGGGAUCAACUGAGGAGCAAAUAUGAAGAAACUAAGAAGCUCCUACUUCAGGUGGCUGCACACAAGGAAGUUCUCGAAGGGGACCCCUACUUGAAGCAAAGACUGAGACUUCGUGAUUCCUACAUUACUACCCUCAAUGUUUUCCAAGCUUACACAUUGAAACGUAUCCGUGAUCCCAACUACAAUGUGAAUGAGCGCCCCAGCAUAUCAAAGGAAUCUGUGGAGAAGUCUGUUGUGUCGAGUAAAUCAGCUGAUGAACUUGUGACACUGAACCCAACAAGUGAAUACGCCCCUGGUUUGGAAGACACCCUCAUUCUCACCAUGAAGGGUAUUGCUGCUGGCAUGCAGAACACUGGUUAAGCUUCACUCAUUUGCUUCCCUUGUGUUUUACUUUUUACGUGUCAGGAUAGCAUAAAUAUGGUUGCAGCACUGAGAGGGCGUGUUUUUUUUUUGUUAUAGCAUAAAUACACUCUUUUUCUUGGUUAUUAUUAUGUUACCCCACCUUUCUGUAAAAAUAUGGUAUGCUGCUCUACAAUUCUAUAAGAGAGAGCUACCAUACAAAUGAGUCAAUGCGAUGAUAGUCAUGUUUCCAUGCGAAAAUAAUGCUUAGUAAUGUGCUGCUACCCCUUCUUGUACUUCUUUGUAUUUUGGUUUCACAAGGUCGUGUUUUGUUUU